AUGCACAGCUGGAAAAUUAUUAUGGAAUUGCUUAGUGGAUUCAGUAUUUGUCAUUUAAUUUUAUUCGCGAAUGAAUUGAAUGGGAUUAGUGCUGAUCAUUAUUAUACGCUUGAUUUAGCUCGAGUGAUUGUGCCAAAAAUUUUUGUUGAUAGAAUAUGGCGAUAUGUUUUAAAUGAAACAGCUAAAUAUUUGGCCAAAUAUGACAAAUUACGCUUCUUCUCUGGCGUAACGUAUGAUCAAGAUGGUGACGGCGUACGUGAUAGUGAUGAUGUCAUCAAAAAAAGUGAUCCGUCACACUUAUUCUUUGUGCCUAUGUGGUGUGAAAAUAGCACACUGAUCGAUCAUACUUCAUGCAAAGAUAUCAUUUUUAUUCCUUACAUAUUACCACUUAAAGGGAAAAAUUUGAAUUAUUUGGAGCCUUCAGAAUAUCUCUAUGAUAACACAGCUCGAAUGCGUGAUAUCGAACUAUUAACUGGAAUAGAAUUUUUCACUGAUAGAAAUAUUUGGUCAGAUGUGGAAGCAAUCCAACUACGAACUUUAUUAAGAAUACGGUAA